AACAAAAUAUAGACACGUGACCCCGUGAGCCAAUUAGAGUUUAAAACCCUUUGCGCGCUCCUGGUCGGCAAACAGAAGACCGAGAGAGUUGGGGGGGAAAAAAAGCGCAAACAUUUAGCAAUCUGUCUAUAAAUUAGUAAAUCUCAGAGCAUUAACUAGCUACACAAUGUCUGAAGAGAAGCCAAAGGAAGGAGUGAAGACUGAAAACGACCACAUCAACCUAAAGGUUGCGGGUCAAGAUGGGUCAGUAGUCCAGUUCAAAAUUAAACGGCAUACUCCGCUCAGCAAGCUGAUGAAGGCGUACUGCGAAAGACAGGGUUUGUCAAUUAGACAGAUACGGUUUAGAUUUGACGGACAGCCAAUCAACGAGACCGACACACCUGCACAGCUUGAGAUGGAAGACGAGGAUACCAUUGAUGUAUUUCAACAACAGACCGGAGGAGGGUCCUUCCUCUCGGAGGCUUCUCUUAAAGGCGUAUGGACCCCUCUGAGUCUCCUCUCCCUCUGAGGACAGAAACACAGUUGAAGAGCAGCAACUUUUAUUUUUUUAUUAUUAAAUAAUUGUUCCGCUUGUUUGUUUUUUUUGUUGUAUUUUGUGAUCGAUCUGCUCGUAGCCAUGGUCUUAUCCUUUUCAUGAUCGCAAGCUGGAUUUCAUGCCACCAAUUCACAAAUGUCUUGUUUAUAUUCGUAUUUUGGAUGGACUAUAAACUGCUUGUAGUCAUGUUUUGGAGAAUGUGUGUUUGUCCCGUGUGUGAAACAAUGGGGGGGGUUCUACUCAUUCAGGAUUUGUCCCAAAUGGCACCCUAUUCCUCUCCACUACACUAAACAAACUAGUGCACUAUAGGGUGCCAUUUUGGGACAUGUAUUAAAUCUACCAUAGGUUGAGGGACUUGAACAGGUCUCAUAAUAUGCAAAAUGAUAUGUGUAUUUUUUUUGUAGGUAUUUUUUUUUUGGUCUGCUGUUAAGUACAUUUUGCUAAAUAUACAGUCCAAGUGAUCAAUUGUCAUUUUUAAACCUGUACAAUGUGUUGAAGGAAUAUUGGUAAAUGGGGGUGCUCUACCGCUGGUGCCAUUAUGAUUGAAUUGCUGUGUCUCUCUGGAACAAAGGCUAAACAGAAACGCCUAUGAAAGAAAAGUUUCAGGUCUAUUUUUUCAACGUCGCUUGAAAGGAUUCGACUUACCUUUCACAAGUCUUGUUUGGUUUCCAAUUUGUAAGUCGCUCUGGAUAAGAGCGUCUGCUAAAUGACUUAAAUGUAAAUGUUUCUAUCCCCCCCCUCUCUUUCUUUCCACACAGAUUUAAGGGAAGUAGUUAAGCUCUUGCUUUUAGCCCAUCCCACUGAAUAACUAUUUUUAUGACAAAAAUAAAAGGGAAUCGCAAUGACUUUAACGACCUUUGACCUUGUUGUGUGUUUAGCCUGUAUCUAUAAUCAAGACUUGAGGAAUCUUCUCAGCUGCCUUCAGACGGUUCUGUUGGACUUGAAUAGGUAGCACCGGUCCACUGAUCCUUCUGUUGCUCUUAAUGAUUUGUACAUUGUCUUUUACUACUGUAUACAAUAAAUAUAGUUUGGUACUCA